GUGAGUGUGUCCUUCAGAGAACUGUCAUGGUGAGGAAGAAGCUGACAGCCAGAGAAGGUCGAGGCUGGCUCUCUGGUACCCUGUUCUGUACCCACUUCAGAGUGGCCUUCGUCCCACAAGACAGUCCCAAACCUGAUGACAAUGCAGAUCCAGUUCUUCUUGGAGAACACGAUGUUGCUUUGGCAUCAAUAGAGAAGGUUGUUGCUGUUGGUCCCAACAGGACCAAGCUGGUGAGCCCACACUCCUCUCUGAAGUUCACCCCAGAGGAGCUGGUGCUUUACUGUCGGGACAUGCGAGUCAUGUGCUUCCUGUUUGACCGCCUCACUCCUGAUGCUCAGGUCAUAGAGAUAACCUACACCAUCGCCAAGACCUACCAGCCUGUCAAACCUGGAUCCGUUUUAUCUUUCCAAAAUGCUGCCCUUGGGAGUGUAGAAAUGAAGCAGUUUCUAAGCAACCGCGGCCGAGACGCCCACAUGAACUGGUUUGAGUCAGCCUCAGACUGGGAGCAGGAGCUGGAGCGGUGUGGAGCCACGGGCUGGAGGGUCAGCUCGCUCAACGACCGCUUCGAAAUGUCAACCAGUCUGUCCAGGUUUAUCGUGGUUCCACACAAGGUUCUGGACACGGAGCUGAAGAAGAGUUUUGCUCACUUCAACGAAGGACGCAUUCCUCGCUGGUGCUGGAGGCAUCCCAGAGGCAGUGAUUUACUGCGAAUGGCCAGUUUUCAGAACAACAUCUACCACGAGAAGGACGACAUCAGAAACCUGGAGAUGGUUCUGUUCGGGUGUCAGGCGUCGCUCUGCGUGGUGGUGGAGCUGGCUGAGGAGCUGCCGUCACCUGCAGACAUCCAGCUGGCUCACAGCCGCCUGCGGGCCCUUUGUCUGGGAGAUAUCUCCACAUCUGUGUCCAUGCCUGAUGACAAGUGGUUAUCCACUCUGGAGAGCAGCCACUGGCUGGACUACGUCAGGUCGUGUCUGAGGAAAGCUUCGGAGGUGGCCUGUUUGCUUCGCAGCGGUCACCUGACCGUGGCUCUGCAAGAGGUGGAGGACCGGGACUUGAGCUGCGUGGUGUCCAGCCUGGUGCAGGUGAUGUGCGACCCCCACUGUCGGACCCAGAGGGGCUUCCAGGGCCUGGUGCAGAAGGAGUGGGUGCUGGCCGGCCACCGCUUCUACAGCCGGAUCAACUACCAGCGUGACAGUGACAAGGAGGAGUCUCCAGUCUUCCUGCUCUUCCUGGACUGUGUUUGGCAGCUGUGGUUCCAGUUUCCCUCCCGCUUCCAGCUGACGAACGACUUCCUGUUGGCCUUGCACGACAGCGUCCACCUGCCGCUCUUCUCCACCUUCCUGGCAAACUGCCAGCGGGAGCGAUGCAAACGUUUACGGAACCCCGGCCAGUCCUACACCCCUGUCAACGGCUGGAGAGACGUCCUGAACCCCGAGCCUUCCUCAGACCCGUCUGAUCCUCCUCUGCCCCCCGUGUGGGACUGGGCUCUGCAGUACAGCCAGGAGAGACAAGUUCGCUUCACCCAACCCAUCCCACCCAUCCCCCCGCUCCAACCUCUUCUCAACGGCAACCUCAACACCAAGCCAGACGCUCACAGGCUGAGCGAUACCGUCCCCGGCUCGGUGUUCCUGCUCUCCCGGGGCUCCUUCACCUGCCCCGCCAACCUGCCGCCGUGGCGCAGCGGCACCGCAGGCGUUUACAGGAAGAGCCACCGGAGGGCGCCGUCCUCCGAGGGCGUGCCCGGCCUGGAGAGGCUGCUGAAGGCCUGGGCCCUCACCGAGGCCCCUCACAGCGUCCCCUCCUCCUCUGCACCGCAGGGGCCUCUGGACCCCUACGAGCCCCUGCUGCCCCUCCUCAUGGGGCCCUGUGUGGGCCUGUGGAGGGAGUGCUACCUGCGGGGGGCGCUCCACGCUCAGGCCUUCAGUCAUCCUGUCUCCAGCAGCAGCCUCCACCCUGUGGAGCGUCUGGCUCAGGAGGUGCAGCAGCUCAGAGACCAGCUGGCUCAGCUCUCCACCUGCGACUCGCCCACCGUCACCCCCGAGCCCCAGAGACCUGACUCCAACCUGAACCGGAGCAUCAACAACAGCACUUUCCUCUACCCGGCGUCCAGGACUCAGGCCUCGGGGGCCCCCAGAGCGACACCCCCACCUACCUCCACCAACCACCAAACCUCCAGGGGCCCCUCCUCCGCCUUGGCACCGCCGUCCAGACCCGGCAACAGAGACGCCGCUGGCAGCAACAAGGCCUCGUUCCUCUUCAGACACUCGUCAGUGACGGACGCUCGGUGCUUCCCCCCAGCCAGCAACGCCAAGCUGCCCAAGAGCAACGGAGCCUCGGUGGGUUUCUGAGGUCCAGGACUGAGACUGACGUGCACCUUCAUAUUAAACUGAGCCAACAAUAAUGUGUCACUAAUCAAAGAAACAACAAAACCUUUAACACAAAACACCAGGCAAACAUUUGAUUUUCAAAAUAAAACUCAUAAAUCACAACAGGCCUGUGGAAAACAUCUGAACUGUCAUUCUGUUUAAUAUGAAAACAUUUCUACAUCUCCACUUUAAACUGAUUGUUUUACUUUGAUUAUAUGGUAAAACAGCCUGCCAUACAUGACACAUUAUUGUUGGCUCAGUCGGUGCGUGCCCUCAGCUCGACGGCACAAAUAAAGACUCCGGCCUCUCCGGUUUGAGGCGAGCAGAGGGACCGCAGCUCCUGCCUCUGUUACUCCCUUCAUUCAAUAAUACAAACAUUUAUCUUUGUGUAAAAACAAACUGAUUACAGAAAAGCAAAAACACAAAGUAAAAGCAACUGGCAGGGUAUUUGUUUAAAAAAAAAAAGACGCGUAGUUUGUGCUUUAUCUUCUCCACAUCAGGUCAAACUUAUCAGGACUUUGGUUUCAGAGUUGGAAACAAAACUUGAGCUUUUUUUAUGCAUUUAACCUUUAAAGUGAGCGAGCUGCAGGUCUUUACAUCUUUCUGUCACGCUUGUUUUAAAAACAAAAGCUGCCGAGGCGCCGUGUCCGCUGCCUUUAAUGUGGAAUUUAGGACACGGGAACUAUUUUUGGCUUCUCUCGGCUCGUGUUUUCUCCGGAGCAGAGCGAGGACCCACAUUCAGCUCAGUCUUCUGUUGGUCUGAGACCAGUUCAGCUGGAGCUCAGACCUGAACUGGUCUCAGACCGUUGGAUUCAUGAUGAUGGUUAAACCUCAGAACAUCAGUGUUUUUCCUGCAGUCAGAAAACUAUUCAAGCACAAACAUUUAAAUAGAAACAGCAGCUCUGUCAGUGCAGAGCGCUUCUCAUCAGUGUUCAUGAAUCAUGUUGAUCUUUGGUUCCUCACUAAUCAUGAAACUGUUGUAAAUAUUCAGACAUGGGAGCAGAGAUCAGUUCCAGGUGUGAUGCCAACCCAUCUGUUCGUCUUCCACACAGAACCAACCCAUCGUUUGUCCCGUCACGCCGCUCUGCCUUUCUCCAUCCUUUCCUGUUUUUUUGGUACGAGCGUUUCUAUUUGCCAUAUGUAAAUAUUGUUUUUGUACGAGCACACAGUGUUUUCACUUCUGACUUCUGCAUCUCCCUGAAUAAAAGAUUGGCAUACACGGA